GGGACCUUCUUGACGGAAUCUGGCGACGACCACGGCCGGGUACCGUCAGGAAUGUCUGAGUUCUAUCGCGGCCGAAGUUAAUUUGGAUUGGAAAAAAAACGAGAUUUGUACCCCACCAGUCUGAGUAUGCUGUCAUUUGAUCAUUUGACAGGGCGAAGGUGUAUGCCGUGUGCUGGUUGGUACCAGUCGGCAGCGAGCGAGGGUUGAUCGUGCCACGCAACGCGUUAUGGUAGAAGUGGGAGGCGCAAAGUAGGGAGUUCGAGCCCAGCGGCGGCGAGGGAAAAAAAAGGGAGGUGGUUCCUGCAGCGCGCACGAGGGCUGGGGGGAAUUGACAGCGGGGGUCUCACCCGCGUGGGCCUCGAGAGGGUGUAUCCGCCGGCGCACGAGAGCCGCAAAAUUGAAGUUGGUAGGGUCACCCGCGCGGACAUGGAGGGGCUCUAGUCGACGGUGAUCAGUGAGUCAGAGGGGUGAUCGAAUUGGGGGAAGAACGUCGUGGCAAUUUGAAUUGAGAGGAAGAGAGAAGGGGUAGGUGGUGAGGCGGCGAAGAAGGAACCGUGAGUGCCUUAUGACUCCAGAGAUGGCUGAGGCAGCUAUGGCGGUCGACCAUGAUCCGUACUCGGUGGAGAACUAUGAACGUUGUCUCGCUCGUGGGACUCGGCCCAACGGACGUACCUUGUGCGAAGCACGCCCCGCCAAUCUCGGAUUCGGUGCUGUCCUGACAGCGGAAGGGUCUGCUCUUGUCAAGAUUGGAAACACGACAAUGCUGGCGGGCGUCAAACUGGAGGUCAUGAAACCAACAUUAAAUCCUAACGAGGGGCUCAUCGAGGUGAUGUUUGAGACGCCUGCCCUUUGUUCGGGAUCGGUAAGGCCUGUGCGGCAGAAAGAGCAGGCAUGCUCGAUAGGAGAGCAAGUGACAAAUGCGAUCCACAGUGCAGGAUUGAUUGACAAAAAGGAGCUAUGUAUUGUGCCUGCGCUUUCUGCAUGGAAGGUUUAUGUGGAUGUUUAUUGUCUGGACGCGGAUGGAUCUCUUCUAGAUGGUGCACUCCUUGCAGCUGUUGCAGCGCUUUCCAACUUGAGAAUACCAAGAAUUUCCGUUGACAAUGAAGGGAAAGUUGUUUCUGUUGCCGACCAGGAUAAAGGAGUCGAUGCACGGGUAAGGACGCAAGAGGAAGUGGGCAAGGUUCGAACUCUGGAGAGUAAGAAACUUACUCUUGGUCCUUGUCCGUUCGGCCUAACAUGUGGAGAGUAUUUGUCAGCUAGCCCCACCACAUGCACUGCACAUAAAGAAGGGAGGGUGCAAUCUGCAAGCGGAGCCAAGCGGUUGGCCUAUGGUUUUCCAAUUACUGGACCUCUUAUGGCAAGCAAUGGAGCGGGGUGGGAAACUCAGAGCCAGGGUCCUAUCAGGGUGACCAUUCCAGGUGAGGAUGCUGCAGCUGUGAACGGCAUGCGUGUUGAUUCCCGUUCGGCAGCCGCUUUUCCUCCUGCUCGUCAGCCCUCUGCUGUUUCGGGAAGGAGGGGAUACUUUGUGGUCGACCCCAUUAAGGAAGAAGAAGCGCUGAUGAAGUCCGUUGUGACCGUCAUUGUGGAUGAGAGAGGCCACUUGAUAUCAGUCUAUAAGUUAGGAGGGCGAUCAGAGGCAUCAAUUCCUCUCCUCCAGGAUUGCAUUGAGGCAGCAAGCAAACGAGCGGCUGAGCUGCGGCAAAUACUCGAUGAUGCAUGCAAGGAAGCCGAAGAAACGCUGGAGGAGUAGACAUGUUGUCAGCUGCUGUGCACUGGAAAGACAGUGUUCCCGAAGGGCCUUGAGACCGUCGACGUCGUUGAUGAUGCUAAGCAGGUGAGACAGUGAAGUAGAAUCUCACUGGUUCGCCUCGGAACAGGUGUUAUAUACAACCGAAGAAUGAGACAGCAGUUUACCUACGAUAUCGUCAACCCUUUUGUAGAGAGAUAUGUGAGAGGCUAGGAAUGAGCUUCUGCUUGAAAUGUAAAGCGAAGAAAGCUCUUUGUCGAUCCGGAGUUGCCUUCGUUAAGGAACCGCUGUGUUAUGGCAUGAGGCAAGGAAAUGUUUUUUUUUUUCCAGCUCAUUGCUUCUGUCAUGCCUGUUCAGUUGUGUCAUCGCUCAUGCGGUGUUCAGUUUUCCUGUGUCCUUCCACUGCAGUCUGUGGAACGAUGGCAUGUUUGUAUUUGAAUGUGUGUUUUCACUGUUUUGCAUGUGGUUGAUACUUCCAGUGCCAACCAUGAAUUUUAUUUGCCAUUGCAAGAUAGUAGAAUCUGUUUGCAAGGGAGGCGAAAUGCCGAGUUCUAUCUGGAUCUGUCGGCUGCUUUCGCUCCGCGUCACAUGAGUCACACGAGUCCAAUAGCACUGAAUGUGACCACAAGUGAAAUCCAUAUUUCUCUUUAGGCAUGUUAUCCAAUGUAGGGUUGUGUUCCUCCCCGAAGUUCCUGAACUCGUUUUGCAUUCCCUGGGUCACAGGGUGUGUUGAUUUUGCUCUGCUCGUCCAAGGAAUACCAUAGUGAUGUUGGCUUGGCUCUGAACGACCCCUGCCAUGGUAGUGGGCCUAGUGGCCUCCCCUUUUCUCCGUCGUUCUGUUGACAAUACGCUGGCCUAAGGUUUCUUUUGCCUCUCUGCAGGGGGUGGGUCCUGUCUUGCACGAGGUAGUGAUGGUUUUAAAGCCUGCGACAGCCGGUCGCAAGCAAGCGCUGGAAGCCCACAGCACCAGGGAAAGGCAGGCCGAAGCCCUUUUCUCCCCCUACUGUCUUCCCGAGAACACAACGCACACUCUCAUUUUGGCUGUACCUGACGGGAAAUAUAGCUUGUCUACAUUCAUUAUCAGGGUGAGUUAUGUUCGCGGGCAGUCGAUAGUAUGGACGGAGGCCUCUAGUCUGGUCCACCGUGUGGUGACGAACGAGGCUGGGUGUGCCUCCCAUGCAAACCUUGGUAAGGGGGAAGGGUAUGUGAAGAAUUUGCAAAGCGAGGGAGUAUGCAUCACAGGGUCUGGCAAGGAACGGCCGAGUGCAACACCCAGGUACAGAGCUACAGAACUCUAUUCAAAUUUUAAAUUGGUUUCUUGGAGUCGUGUUUUUCUGGCAAUAAUUUCAAUCGAUCAGGGAAUGGCAGAAACUCUGCACUGGUCUGGGAUGUUGUGGUUUGCUUUUAUUGCAUUGACAAUUUGAUAGUCGUCGUUUGUUUUCCUAGUUUCUCAGUGCUAAUGAUUUCGGGUCAAUCACCAUUGUUAGCACGAACCUGACCGAUGUUACGAUCAAGUUCAUGCUUUCUGAGCAGGGACAUAACACCAGUGUGAGGCUUGACAGCAGAGCACUGUCUCCACAAGC